UUUUGCAAUGAUACCCCAAAGCAAUGAACAGACCAGACACUAAGAUUAACUGUAAAUACGGAACAACACUACAACACAUAACGGAUCCAAAGAGGUUGCUUUUUAAGGUUACUGGAGCUAUACAAUUGAUUCAAAUGGAAAAUGCCAAGAAAUCCUUUGAUGUGUUCUCAACCUCCCUGUCAAAGUGCAUAUCAGUCUGUGGUUCUAUGACGCAGCAGCUCUUACCAUGUUGGCCUCAGCACUCCAGACCCUUCCGAGUCAUCAACUCUGAUCGCUCCAUUAAGAAAGGCAUAAUGGCAGAUGACCUGAAAGACCUACAAAAAAGGGGUCUAACGCUGCCACAGAGAUUUACAAGGAAUGAGGUGAAUGCCCAGGGCUUUCACAAAGUAAUGGACGUAUUCCACAUGCACUGCAUCAGUGCUUUAGUGUUGGAUGAGGAUGGAACUGGAGUGGAUACAGAGGACUUUUUUCAGACCUUAAAAGACAACACUGUCCUCAUGGUCUUAAUAGUAGGACAGAAGUGGGCUCCACAGGAGAGAUACCUUCCAGGUCAGAAGAAAAUAGAAAGGGUAAGUGUGAAUAACAAUGGAGUGGACCUCAUAUCCCACGUCAAGCAGUUUUUAUUAUCAUUUCUCUCCUGUAUUGAGGGGGUGGUAACACGGUUUCUUGAAGCUCGGUGCAGAAACAAUCAACAUACAGGCUCUAUUCCAAAGCCUAUUAGUUCGAUUCCUUGCUCUAUUUUGUCGGUCAAUGGUGAUCUGACUAGACUCUGGGAAAUCAGCGGGUAUCUGAUCAGUGGGGACCUGACUCGACUCUGGAGGGUCCACGGGUACCUGACUCGACGCUGGAGGGUCCACGGUGGAAGACGGAGGACUUCAGGUGAUCCCCGUGCAACAGAGAAGCAGUGUGAACAGCGGCUUGCUGAGAUGGAGGAUCAUGAAGGACUGAGUGACUGUGUGGAGGGUCUUUCACACACAGGUGGCUGGAGCAGGGUCAACAGCAGUAUCUGGGCACUGGGGUCUAAUGGAGGAAUCUCACUGGCUAAGCAUCUCAGGCAGAAGUGGCAUGGUGACUCUGAAACUGGGAUCGUUUCUUGCUUUGGCUUGGUUCUGAAUGAAGUCGAUGAACACGCCGAAUGGGGGAAAGGAAAUCUGAUGCUGUUGCUUUAUCUGAGAGCCCUCUCCACUAAAAGGGAAGCCUUAAAAUGGACUCUCUUCAUUAUGCAGACAACUGGACAUGUUUUAGUAGGAACUUCAUGUUAUAUUCAGCAUCUUAUUGAUGAGGACGAGAAAACAGAAGCACAACUGAUAUCGCCUGCAUGUAUCAUCAAGCAGUUAGAACAUUAAAUGAUUCACAGCUUGGUCAAAUUUACAAGUGUGCACUGAUUGUUGAUGUAACGCUUGAUAAAAAACAUAUUUGUGAGUUAUUUACCUCUGUGUAAACAGUAGGGCUGCCCUCGACUAAAGAUUUAUUUGGUCG